CUCAAGACCAGAAACUUGAGCAGAACCAUGUCUGGGACACUGCGGACACUAGUCAUGUUUCCACUUCGUUCACGAAUCUCAAACUUCCCAGCUCGUCGCUUUGUCGCAACACGUCGUUUUGUCUCAACAGAAGCUGAGCUGAGCUCGAUUCCUGACCAGUUGAAAGCAGAGAAGACAGAAAAUGCUACAAGCCCACUCCCUGUUCCCACGGACGAGGCGACAGACUGGUCUAAAAGCUACGCUGGCUUGUCUGAAAAGCCAUUUGAAAAGGAGGUAGCGGACAUUCUUCUCGCGCCUGUUGAACCAAAUGAUAUUGAAGUUAAGCCUGACGGAAUGCUAUACCUUCCUGAAAUCAAAUACAGGCGAAUACUCAACCGCGCUUUUGGACCUGGCGGUUGGGGACUUGCACCGCGAAGUAUGACCAACGUAGGCCCCAAAGUGGUCAGUCGAGAGUACGCGCUGGUGUGUUUAGGUCGGCUAGUAGCUAUUGCCCGGGGAGAACAAGAAUAUUUCGAUCCCGCUGGCAUUCCCACUGCAUUCGAGUCGGCCAAGAGCAAUGCGCUGAUGCGAUGCUGCAAGGAUUUGGGUGUUGCGAGCGAGUUAUGGGACCCUCGCUUCAUCCGCACGUUCAAGGCAAAGUAUUGUGUGGAGGUGUUUGCUGAGCAUAUCCCCACAAAAAAGAAGAAGAAAUUAUGGAGGCGGACGGAUGCGCCGAAGCUUUCAUAUCCAUACCAAGAGUAA